GUAUGUUGCAAAUUACAUGUCUGAGGUGGACUAAGGAACGCAAUUGGCAAGUGGUCCAAAGAAAAUGAUUAGCCAAGCUGACCUCCAUUUCGUGUUUACAGAGAGAGAGACAGCCAGGGUGAAAGAUCACUUUGAAAUUUGUCACUCACAGGCGAAGUUCAAUUGCAGUCCAGGUCCUGGAAAAAUCCGUCAAAGCAUUUAUGGAUCCGUUCACUGCGGCAACUGCGCGCGAGGCUAUAGAGCAAGUCGCAAAGUGUUUAAGAUGCAGUCCGGUCUCAUUUGAUGUUGCAAGAUUCCUUGACGACCACGACGAUUUGCGUCACCUGCGUGAAGAAUUUGUCAUUCCCAAAGUCUCACAUCUACCGCCGUCUGACCUCUCUCUUGUGGAUGGCUCAGAGGACUGCCUCUACUUUGUGGGAAACUCGCUGGGGCUGCAGCCAAAACUGGCCAGGAAGUACAUAGAGGAAGAGUUAGACAAAUGGGCACAGAUGGGUGUCCAUGGUCACACGGUGGGCUCUCGUCCUUGGGCCUGGGCCGAGAACAACAUCGAGCAGCUCAUGGCUAACGUCGUAGGUUCUACACGUGAUGAGGUAGCCCUCAUGAAUGGCUUGACAGUCAACCUUCAUCUUUUACUGCUCUCCUUUUAUAAACCCACAACGAAACGUCAAAAAAUUCUUCUAGAAGACAAGGCUUUUCCAUCCGACCAUUACGCUGUGGAAUCUCAGAUCUCCCUGCGAGGCUUCGACCCUGAGAAGAGCAUGUUGCUGAUGUCACCAAGAAAGGGCGAGCGCACGUUGAGGACAAAGGACAUCCUGGACACGAUUGAAAAGGAGGGAGAUUCAAUCGCUGUCAUCCUGUUCAGCGGAGUGCAGUAUUACACCGGACAGCUCUUCGACAUGGCCGCCAUCACCACGGCUGGCCAGGCCAAGGGCUGCUACGUGGGGUUCGACUGCGCGCACGCGGUGGGGAACGUGGAGCUGCGUCUGCACGACUGGGGAGUGGACUUCGCCUGCUGGUGCUCAUACAAGUAUGUGAACUCAGGAGCAGGUGGACUGGCGGGGGCUUUUAUCCAUGAGAAAAAUGCCCUCACAAUCAAACCAGCACUGACAGGGUGGUGGGGACAUCAAUUAAAAACACGUUUCCAAAUGGAUAACAAAAUGGACCUACUACCUGGAAUUAGUGGUUUCAGGUUGUCAAAUCAGCCAAUUCUUCUGGUGUGUCCACUACAAGCAAGCUUGGAGGUAUUUAAUAUGACCAAUAUGAAGGCCUUGCGCAAGAAAUCCGUCCUGUUGACCGGCUACCUGGAGUACCUGAUUAAGCACUACUACACGAAAGAUGAGACAAACCUACGCAAGCCCUACGUGGACAUCAUCACGCCGUCCAACCCAGAGGAGCGGGGCUGUCAGCUGUCCCUCUCCUUCUCUGUCCCCAUAAGCGCCAUCUAUGAGGAGCUGGAAAAGAGAGGGGUUGCCUGUGACAUGAGGGAACCCAAUGUGCUGAGAAUUGCUCCAGCCCCACUCUACAACGCCUUCUCUGACGUCCACCGCCUCAUCUCCACCCUGGGCCAAGCCCUGCAGGCUGGCUAUGAACUUCAGCAGAGCUAGCUAGCACAGCUCAAGUAGCUAGUGCUAACUAUAGCAUUCAACAACCCAUCCCCCCAGGUACACACAUCAUAUGAUGUUGAGACUUCAGGGAAAAUCAAAUCUUUGUGGGCAAUUUCUCACUGCGCUCAGUCCCCUGACCUGGUCUAGGCUGUUCCCACUAGUGAAUGUAAUCUCUGGCAGGUCAAACUUCAGGUCAGGGUUUGAGCUCCAGUCUCUGCUAAUCAACUGUGAUUUCAGUAUCAGCUCAGGUUUUAAACCAACAGUACCAAAGGUCAUGGGUUCAAUUCCCUGUUCACAUGGUGUGCAGUCAGAGAUGACAGAUAUAUGUGUCUGCUGAUUAAACAAAUGUGAUUGUAACCUCAGGAACGAACAA